UUGGUUCGGUUCUUCAGGUCUCCAAAGGAAAAAAAAGAAGCCCUAGGUCUCUCUUGCCGUCGCCGGGUGAGCAUCGAUUCAAGUCCAAUCACCCGUCGUCGUCUUAUGAUUAAAAAACAAUCAUGCUUGUCGGUCAAAACACUCUCCACGAGACAUACUACCAGAUUCUCUCCGUCAAAGAAGAUGCGACCUACGACGAAAUCCGCAACAGCUAUCGAUCCGCCAUCCUCCACUCUCACCCAGACAAGCAGCUAAACAGCUAUCGUUCUCGCAGCAGCAACCCAGACGAAGAAAAGUUCCUCAAGAUUCAAAAGGCGUGGCAAGUCCUAAGCGACGCGGAGCUACGCGCGGUUUACGACAACGACCUUCGAUCUUCCAGAGCCACUGCUGCUGCUGCUGAUGAGAUUAGUGUAGAGGACAUGUCGGUGGAGGUUGCUGGAGAAGGACAAGGCAUGGAGGUUUUUUAUCAGUGUAGGUGUGGUGAUUACUUCUCUGUUGAUUCCUCUGAGCUAGAGACUAUGGGGUUUGCCUUGGUGAGAGACGACGACGGCGAUUGUGUCGUUCGAGUUCGGAGAUUAGGUGCUUUUGUGGCCUCUUCUGUUGUUCUUCCUUGUGGAUCUUGUUCUUUCAAAACCCGUGUUUGGGUUGGUUCGGACAUGAUGAUUCCUCUAGCAAUAUGACCAUCAGGGUUUGGUUCUCGUUCAUAAUUGAAUUAAGGGAUCUAUCUUUAGACUGAUGCUUGAGGAUGAUCUUGAUUCUUUUUGGGGAAGUAUCUCUGGUGAUGUUUUUUUUUGGGACCAAUGUGAUCUUGUUUGGCUCAAAGAUUUGGAAAAUGUACUCAUUUUGUUAAUUCUAACUGUAGAACUUUAGUUCUAUAAGAAACUUAUAAUGGGAAAUGAAAAAAGCCAAUUGGAUUUA